CGAGCCAGUUUGAUCUGCUCUUAGCAUCCGAGAGACCGCGUGUGUGUGUAUGUGUGUGGAGAGCGAGGCUGGAGGGAGGAGUGUUUGAGUGCAUGACAGCGGGAGAGAUCAGAAGAGAGAUUGUUCCAGUGCUGGAGGUGAUCCUGCGUGGACGUAACGCCUGGAUGUGUGCGGGGAAGUCAUUUUUGUGACUGUUUGCUUUGGUUGUGCCUCUCUGGACCCUGUUCUGCCCUGCUGACCACGUCUCUGGAGCGAAGCGGCUCUUCUGUGCUGGAAUGAGGAAGCUCAGGCUGGACAAUCAGUCUGUUUAAUAUUAAGCUGUAUGCCGAUAAGCAGCAUGACUCAGCGCCAUGACAUCAACAUUGCUUGCUGACACGGUGCAGCAAAGGAUGCUGGGAAACACCAAGCGUUUUUUUGGCAGCGCCGAAGACAAAGAGGGCGAGGAUGAGGAGGAUGAUGAGGAGAGAUUGAAGAGAUUGAAACAAAAUGGGAUGAUCGGUAUGGGAGACAAGGAACACCAGAACCGGGCCGGACACAAGUCGGAUGGAUACAAACCGGCGGCCGUUGUGAUUGGAUGGCAGAGAGGAGAUAGGCAGCCCAGGGCCGUUAACUCUGCCCAAAGAGGAAUCCCGCAUUUACCCAGUCAGCCGACUCUUUAUCAUCAGACAACCAAUCAGCCGCUGUAUCACCCGGUCUUGACCAAUCAGCAGGCCCGGCGGCGUCUGAUGGAGCGCAGCAUGACCUCAGUGACCCCUGUGGAAGACUCGCAAUUCGCCGUGAUUGUGUUCCGCAUCGGCAUCCCUGACAUCAAACAAACGAAGUGUUUGCGGUUUGAUCCCGAUUCAAGCGUUUGGAGUGCGAAGCAGCAGAUUAUUUGUUCUCUCAGCGAGUCGUUGUGGGACGUUUACAAUUACGGCCUCUUCCAGCCAGCUGGAGACGGACGAGAUGCCAAGUUCCUGGAGGAGGAGCGCUUGCUUCGAGAGUUCGGCCAGUCCCUGGAGAAGGGAGUGCCCUACCUGGAGUUCAGAUAUAAGACGCGGGUCUACAAACAGACAAACCUGGAAGAGAAACAACUAGCGAAGCUACACACCAAGGCCAAUCUGAAGAAGUUCCUGGAUUAUGUUCAUGCUGGAGCGGUGGAGAAGUUGAGUAAAGCUCUGGAGAAGGGACUGGACCCCAACUACCAUGACACUGAGAGCGGAGAGACUCCUCUGACUCUGGCGGUUCAGGGCAACCUGAGCGUGGAAGGGAUACGAGUUCUGGUGCUGAACGGGGCUCAUGUGGAUUUUAGAUCCAGAGAUGGACUCACACCCCUCCAUAAAGCAGUCAGCGCGCACAACCAAUCCGCACUGAUGGCGCUGCUGUCUUUGGGAGCUUCUCCAGAUUAUCGAGACCGCUGUGGACUGACGCCGCUGUACCACUCGGUGCUGACAGGGGGCGAAACGUCCUGCUGUGAGACUCUGCUGUACUACAGAGCACGGCUGGGAGUCAGAGACGAGAACGGCUGGGACGAGUCACACCAGGUGUGUCAGCACGGAUUCGCCCAACACUUAGAACACCUUCUGUUCUAUGGGGCAGACACCACUUCCCAGAAUGCAUCAGGAAACACUGCCCUCCACAUAUGUGCCCUUUACAACAAGGAGAGCUGCGCCCGAGUCCUUCUGUACCGAGGAGCCAGUAAGGAGAUAAAGAACAAACACGGUCAAACCCCCUUCCAGGUCGCUGUGAUGUCUGGCCAUUUUGAACUCGGAGAAAUCCUCAAAAAUCACAAUGAUGCAGAUGUCGUUCCAUUUUUAGAAACUCCCAAAUACGCUCCUCUGUUUAUGGAGGGUAUGUUAAAUCAAGUCAUCACGGCCGGCCUUCAGCAUCCUCACCUGCUGCUCCGCGCCAAGAGCGAGAACACGAUGACGACGCUCAUGGACCCCGUAGUGCUGCCCGCCGCUGCCGCCAGCAUGCCACCUGCUCAGACUCAGCGCCGGGCCUCUUUCGCUUUGAGGAGCUCCAGCAGUCCCCGCGGAGCCCGAACCCGAUCCCCGUCCCGAGGGAGAGAGGGAGGAGAGACGGAGGAAAGGCAGCAAAAACAGCGAGGGAGGCAGGGAGGAGGUCAGAAGAAACGUCUCUACAGUGCUGUUCCGGGUCGCGUGUUUGUGGCGACUCGUUCUCACUCUGCUCAUGGUGAGCGCGAGAUCAGCCUCAGCAAAGGGGACAAGGUCAAAGUGUUGAGUGUAGGUGAAGGGGGAUUCUGGGAAGGAACAGCGAAGGGCAGAACAGGCUGGUUUCCUGCUGACUGUGUAGAAGAGGUGCAGCCCCAAAACCAGGAGCAGCAAACAGAGAGCCGCAGUGAGAAGGCGAAGAGGAAGCUGUUUCGUCAUUACACAGUAGGAACGUACGAGGGUCUUGAAGUGCCCAGUGACUACAUCAUAAAAGAGAAAACUGUACUUCUGCAGAAAAAAGACAAUGAAGGCUUCGGUUUUGUACUCCGAGGGGCCAAAGCCCAGACUCCUGUGGAGGAGUUCAGCCCGACUCCAGCCUUCCCUGCUCUGCAGUACCUCGAGUCUGUCGACGAGGGGGGCGUCGCGUGGAGGUCCGGCCUGCGGAUGGGGGACUUCCUGAUCGAGGUGAAUGGAAUCAAUGUAGUGAAGGUGGGUCACAGGCAGGUGGUGAACAUGAUUCGCCAGGGCGGGAACAGUCUGAUGGUGAAGGUCGUCAUGGUAGCGCGAAAUCCUGAGAUGGAGGAAAUGCCUAAGAAGAAAGUUCCCCAGCAGAGCAAACGGCUGACCCCUCCGGCUAUAGCGCUACGCUCCAAAUCCAUGACUUCAGAACUGGAGGAGAUGGUGGAGAAAGCUGCCUCACCAUGGAAAACGAAACCAGAUCACACAGAGAGCUCUCAAGCGCCAGAAAAAAAGAAGAGCGUCUAUCAAAUGGCCCUUAACAAGCUGGACGAGAUUCUAGCCGCUGCUCAGCAGACAAUUAGCACAUCAGACUCUCAGGGUCACAGAGGUCACGGGGGCAAGAAGGAGCGAAACAAGGGCUUUAACGCUAAUGAGAUGACCGUGAUAACUUGUUGCAACAAACACAACAGAUACAUUUACCUCAGAGAAGAAGCCACUACUUUCAUCCACCCAUUGACGGGGAAGGUUCUAGACCCAACAAGCCCACUUGGGCUGGCGCUGGCAGCUCGUGAGCGAGCACUGAAAGACGACCGGCGAACGCGUAGAGAGGAACGCCACUUCGGUCGGCAGCUGUCUAGCACCGGAGGGUUUCCUUCUGCCGUCUCCUCUCCAAACCAAAAACCUCUUCCUCCCUUCUACAUCUACCAAUCACACACCUCUCUAUACCUUAGUGGUGCCUCUCCAACAACAAGUGGGCCAGUCCCACAGAGUCGCCCCCAGUCCCCUUUUCGAUUAAGUGGUGGUGGGACAGGGAGCUUGGAAUGGAGUGAACAGAAUAUUGUGGAUCGAGAGGAAAGAGGGGCACCAAAGGUGCGGUUUACAGAUAAUCAAGCCAGUCAGUACCAGUCUCACUUUCAGGACAGCGACAACAGAGUCAAUCAGUACCACACUUACAUGCGGGACCGAGAAAGGGAAGGGCACAAGAGGAUACCGCCCAAGCCUCCUCCCCGCAGGCCUUCCUUUAUAGGCAAGGAGAGUGAACUCGGCAUGGCUGACAAAAAUCCCACUGGUAAUUCCCAGGAUGACAGAGGAGGACAGAAGAUGGGAGAGACUGGGAUGGAAAAGGAGAAGGAUGCAAAGAGAGGGCAAAAUCUAGGGGUUGGAGAGGGUGGCGAUGGGAUGGUGCUUCCACCUCCUGCUCCAUCUGUGGAUGUGGACGACGAGUUUGUGUUUGCAGAGCCCCUACCUCCCCCUAUACAGUUUGCAAAUGGAAUAGAAAUAGACACCCAUGGAACAACAGAAUAUAAUCAACAACAACAACAACAGAAGGAGCUGUCAGGAUCUCAGCCACGCAAGGAGCAACAGUCUCUGCAAACGCUGUCCAAACCCCCGCAAGACGCCAUGUCCCUACCAGACAACAUGCAAGCUGACUCACAGCAGACACCCAUCCAUCCUUCUGCUGUGGUGCAUCCAUUUUUUUCCCCACCAUCUCCUCUAAUCCCCCCUCCACAGCUGUGUCCCAAAAUACCUCCUGCAAACCCACCCCAGUUGCAACCCUCAAGCUAUUCCCAGCACCCAAACACCAGCCAACCCCAACCUUUACCCUCGCCACAAGCGGGAGACUCUGCCGCUUCUAGUCUUACAUCUUACGACAGUGAGGUGGCCAAUCUGACCCAGUCAGCUCUCUCCCCGUCCCUUCCUUCUCCUCAGAUAUUCCCUUCAUCGAGUUCCCCUUCUGCCCCAAACGCCUCAUCUGACCCUAUGUCAUUGCAUCGGCCUUUCCCACUUUUCUACCCACAGCAAGGCCAUGCUAACAUUUCUAUGUCAUAUUCCACUGUGGCUGCAACUGCGGCUGUAAUGACUGUCACCACAACAAUGCCUUUGGAAAAUACAUCAGUUAUCGCAGGUGACCGACUUCCUCCGGCACUUAAGGGCCAUGAUUGGUCGGAGGCUGUGGUCGAUUCUGGGAUUGAGGAACUGGAUAGUCACAGCUGCAGUGAUCACCACAUGGAAAAUUUUGGAGAAAGAAGAGAACAAGAAGAAGGCAGAGAGAAGGAGAGGGGAGAAAGACGGGGAGAAAGCAUGGAGAGUGGGAUAGUAGGGGAUGGAUUCAAAGGGGACCGAAGAGUGUCCCUGGAUUCGUCUCUUUCUCACCCUGAUAAAUUUGUUCAAAAAACACACAAAGUGCACGUGCAUAAAUCCAAACCUCCAAACCCGCCACUUGCAAAAACGCACACUCAGAAUAUGUCAAAAUAUCACAUGCACACAGAAAAUGGACGAACCGGACCGCCUCUACAGCGGCAGGCUAGCACUGCUCCCAACAUGUACAGGUCAAGGGAAGAGGAAGAGCAGGAACAGGGAAGAGGAGGCGAUGCUGCAGUGAAGAUGCCAUUUAUGGAUCGACGUCUGAACUCUCCUCUCUCCAACGUUAAGGCCAGCAUCAUAAAUGAACUCGGCAGUAAACUACAACAGCUUGGUGGCUGGCAGGGUCAGGCACAACCGUCAAAUCAUAGGUUUCCAGGCAGUCCCUCCAGCUGUGCACCUCUCCUCCCUGCUUCUGUGCCGUCUCUCCAGCGCUCCUUCUCUCCAAACCUUCCCCCUAACUCUUUAACACCUAACUGCCAUUCUGUGGCUCUGAACCCUAACCACGUACCUUCAUCUCCUCUUCCUGUAACGUCUCUAACCCCAGCGUUAACCCCGACUCCAUUACCUCUCACCCCGAUCCCAGCUCCACCUCCUCUCAAAGACUGGACGCCGUCUAAUUCUCCUAUUUCUUUUCCUCAUGGGAUUUUGUCCCCUCCGUCGCUGCCCCAUGCCCCCCUCUCUCCUCUUUCCCUGGCUCAUGCACCCCUCUCUCCUCCAUCGUUACCUCAUCCUCCCAUUUCCCCGAUAUCUCUCUCUCACGCACCUCUGUCUCCUUCCUCUGUCUCUCAUCUGCCGCUUUCUCCAUCCUAUUACCCCUAUCCCUUGUCUCCGAAGCAUCGCUCUAAGUAUCGUGGUAAAGCUUCCGAGUUUCAGUUCUCCGGACCAGAGCUACGCCAUUCCGAAUCUCAUUCGUACUCCCAGCGUCGUCGAGCUCCCAGUCCCCUCAUCUCCUGCUCAGACCACCCACAACCCGGACCUCCGCGUCCAUCCUCGCUCCCUCUCUUUCCGUCUGCGCCACUCUAUGGCUCACCAUACGAAAUACAGCCUCCUUUAACCCCCCCGUUGGGAGUCGCCCAUCAAUAUUCAGAGCAUUUUUUCCCGCAUACUUCUCCUCUUUUUCCACUCCCAUCACCUGUGGCUCCUCCUAUCCCCGCGCUGGUCUCCAGCUCUCUCUCGCCUACCAACUUCCUGUCUGGAGGCUCCUCCCCAUCUUGUAUGGGCUACCCGCCCUUAACUCCUCCUCCACCCAAUCAGCCUUUUGUGUCUAAGCCCCUCCCCUACUGGAGCAAAUAUGAUGUUGCUGAUUGGCUGACUUACCUGAAUCUGGCAGAGCACCGGGAGCGCUUUCUCGACAAUGAGAUUGAUGGCUCCCACUUGCCGUCUCUGACAAAAGAGGACUUCCUGGAUCUGGGUGUGAGUCGGGUCGGACAUCGCAUGAACAUUGAGCGCGCGCUUAAGAGACUUACAGACAGGCUCUCCUCUGCUUUCUCUGUCUCCACUGUUUCUUCUGAAGGGCAGAAUGAACGCAUGAGAGAUGAGGCGACUCAGAGCUAGAGGAGAGAAUUAGAGAGAACCAGUUAGAGGAUAGAAAGAAAGAAAGAUUGGGGUUAGACAAAAAGCACUUGGGAUGAAAGGGAAAGACUUCCACUGAAGGACAGAGGUGGGGAUGAUUGCAAUGGAGAAGCGCUAUGAAAUACUCGAACCCUCUUGCAGAGUGAAAGCUAAAGUCAUCAUGAGCAAAUGUUUGUCGUCCCUGCUGAAGCCAGAUGGCCAAACAUCUUCAGCCAGUCAGAGACAGAGAGAAUGUACUUCUUUCAUUGUUUUUUGGGAUGACGAGAUCAAGAGGUGUAAUGAACUUUAGUAAUAUGAUAUUAUUAUAUUAAUACAAAUGAGGCUACUGUGCAUAUUUUAGCAUCACGACGUGCAGGCUUUGAUUCAUCUGAUAAUAUGAUGAUUAAAGUCAACAUGAAUCCAGAACGACCCUGUUUACUUUUUAAAUAGUGCGCAUUAUU